GACACACAUAAUGGAGGCAAAUGUGUCUCACGUGGGAGGUACGACGGACGUUCCUAAGAAGAUAGACAGUGAAAAUGAGACAGACAAUAUGGAAAACAUUUCGUAUGACGAAGCGGACACAAUCGAUGUCAGUAAUGUCUUCGAACAUCCGAUCGAUCCAAGUCAGGAACACAUGCCAGAGGACUACGUAAACAGUUCAUCCAGAACCCAACCAUCUGCGAAGAGAGGGAUUUUCUUUAAGAGUGAACCGAAGCCUGAUCAAACAUCAAUGAUCCUUAUUCCCCACGCCUAUCAGACGGACAAAGAGGCUGGAGAUUAUUUUGGCGCAACUCUAUAUACCUACACAUGGUCUUCAGAGCAGAAAUUCAAGUAUCAGCAUCUACUGAAGGAUAUCAAGGGUGGAUAUCCGGCACAGAAGAUGAGCAUUUGUAAAGGUGACGAGCUAGUUUUCAUAGGUCAGACAUUCACACCGAACCUUGAUCAUACCGCGGUUCUCAAUUGUUUCCACCACGACGUUAAAGUGGACGGAAAAACCCGAUUCUGUCUGGUUUUAAGAAAAAGUGAAAAGAAGCAGUGGUAUGAAACCAGUGCAAUUCUUUCUCCGAACCAUAGAGAACAUCGUAAGUUGUAA